AUGCUCAUCAUCAUGGCCACACUUCUCUUCGUUUCCCCUCUCAUUUCCGCCUCAAUCAGGCCCAAAUACCUCUACUUCAUCUUCAACCUCCUCAUCGUUGCCCUUGCCGCCGAAGCCGGCCUCCUUCUCCCUCAUCCCACCUCCUCCUCUGUAGUUUCCCCUGCAUCAAAACCUACUAUCCCCCUCUCCCCUGACACCGCCACCACCAACACUGCCGCGGCGGCGGGCGCCGAUCACAAGUCUCCCGUGCAUGAUGGUGGAGCUUCCAAUCACAAGCUGGUGGAGAAACCCUCAUCUGAAGACGGGAAUGCUUCACUGAAGUGCCGUCCUUCCAUGCCAAGCUUGUUCUUCAUCGCCGGCGAGGAUCAGGCUGAUCAACUAGAUUCGGUUGAGGAUGUUCACCAGGAGUUGAUCGGUAGUGAAGCUGAAGAUGAUGGCGCGGCCGUUGGAGAGUUCAUCAGUGGGCAGGAGCUAUUCGCUAAAGCUGAGACGUUCAUUGGGAACUUCUACAAGCAGUUGAAGAUGCAGAGGGAAGAUUCCUGGAACAGGAUGGCGGCCUCAUGA